AUGGCCGCCCCCACGCUGGUUGACCCGACCAAGCAGGCCGAAUACCCCAUUAUCCUCGGUGAACGGCUGGCCGAUGCAGACAGAAGCAAAUUGAUCAAUGUGAAUUAUAAUUACAAGACCAAGCAUGCAACACCACAGCAACGUUCGAUUGUUACUCCCUCCGGUCGAUCGCCCGUCCUCUACGACCUUUCCGUCACCGAUAAGGCCCCGAAUGCCGAUCACACGUUGACAUAUGCAUACAAAGGCAGCGAGGACCCUGUCAACGAACCCAGCCUGGUCCUCGUCUUCGAUCCCGAACGCAAAGCCUUUGUUUUGGAACCCGUCACCACCAAGUUCAACUUCAACCUCCGAUCGGCACCAGGAAAGACGGAGAAACAGGUCAUUGAGCAAUAUGAACAGCUUCAGAUAGCGCAGGAGGAUGACCCCAUAUCAGGAGACGAUCGCAAUUCUGGGGGUAUCAGUGAGGAUGAAGGUAUUGCCGAUGACAGCAACCCAUAUGACUUCCGGCAUUUCCUCCCCAAGCCAGGUGCGGAGGAGCUCAAACCGGCCUCGGGCUACAACACCCCGGAGCCCAUCUACACCAGCAAGACAAAUACUCCCAUUAUUCCGGUGGUAAAACCUGCCACAAAACCCAUACCCCGGCCCAAGAAGCAGGCAAACCCACUCCGAGAGACGAAGCGCCCAGCGCCAAAACCACAAGCUAGACCAAAUCCACUGAAAGCGGCCCCCGAACCUGUCAUUGAGGCCACCUAUACACAGCCUGACUCACAGGACAACGAAGAUGCCCGUUCCGCAGUAUCAGACACAUCUCAACGCACUGUCCAAUCUGCUGGCUCAAACAUCAUUGUUGACGGCGAUUUGAUCAUUGACAUGGGAUCACCGCGUCCAUCCCGAACAUUGGUCAACCCAGCCUUUUUCUCUUCCAACAACACCCCCGAUGACAGAGAUGAAGACGAAGAUGGUGAGGAUGAUAUUGACAGCCUUCGGCUUCCAUCACCGGCACGCAAUACUCAACAUCCACCGCCAGCCCCGGCUGCCCCCAUUGGGGAUUUGGAGGAUGAGGAUGAUUUACUCGCAGCAGAGAUGGAAGCUGCUUUUGAGGAAAGUGCUCGAGAAGAAGAGGCUCGCAGUCAACAGUAUAGCCAGCAUGCUUCUGGACGAUACAAUGUGGCUAGUGAUGACGAGAGCGAGGUUAGCGAAGAGGAGUAA